AUGGCAAUGGGUAGGGUCAGAGCGGAUUUUGCUCCACCUGUCCUCGACCCGGAAUAUCCAUAUACACCAGCCGGCCCUAUCUCCAACCCGGACAGGACUUUGAUGCCGGCUCAAAAUUAUUACACUCUCGAAGGGAACCAAGUCACGGAGCCACCGACAAAAGGCGAAGUAAUACUAAACACAACCUACCGUCCUUUAGACUUCGAGCUCUGGCCUAAAGAAGCACCAAAAGCUGUUAGAAACUUCGUUCAACUCUGCCUCGAAGGUUACUAUGAUAAUACCAUCAUUCAUCGUAUUAUUAAAAUCUUUCUUGUUCAAGGCGGUGACCCUACUGGCGCUGACACGGUGGUGAAAGUAGAUAUCGAACUGUGUUUGCGGAUGAGUACUUCACGUCUGAGAUUUCACUAUAGAGAGUUAGUUGCAUGUGCAAAUGCGGGUAGGCCACAUUCAAAUGGGAGUCAAUUUUUUAUCACGUUGGAAAGGUGUGAUUGGCUUGAUAAAAAGAAUACUAUUUCUGGAAAGAUUACUGGAGAUUCAGUUUUCAUUCUUCUGUCACUUGGCGAGGUUGAAACUACCAAGGAUGAUGAUCGGUCAUUAGAUCCACCUCCAAGAAUAACAUCAGUUGAGGUACUGCGGAACCCUUUUGAAGAUAUCAUUCCAAAGGUACCUUCCAAGUCCUCAAUUGAACCUGAAACUGAAACUGAAAAUAAAGAUUCAAAGAAAAAAGCAGUGAAAAAGCCGAACCUGCUUUCUUUUGGAGAGAAGCUGAAGAAGAGGAGAAGCAGUUGGCAGCAAAAGAUCAAGAGUAGUCAUGAUGUACUAAAUGAUCCUCAUCUCCUAAAAGAAGAAAAUCCAAGUAAAGAAUUGAACUCUUCUGAAGGUGAAACGACGAGGGAUAUUCAGUUAUCUGUGAAAGAAGCUCUAAGCUCAAAGAAAGGCACUUUAUCUGUGAAAGAAGCACCAAGGAGUGACUCAGCAGGGUUUUCUAACAGUGAUGAUGACGAUGAAGAUGAUGCCCUUUUUGAUUCACAAAUGCGCCAGAAAAUAAUUCAAAAAGGAAAGGAGCUUGGUGAUCUUCCACAUAAGCUAAAGCAAAAUGCUAAACUUGAAAAGCUUAGAAAGGCCCUCUCUACAAAGGCAGAUGCCUCAAACAGCGAAUCUGGAGUUGCUGAUAAUGAGGAUUUGUCUGACUGGGGCACUAUCCGGCUAACAUUUGCACCUGAACGUGGCAAGGAUGGUAUGUCUCGCAAAGAGGCAAAUGACUAUGUUGUGCAUGACCCAGGGAAAGCGAAAUUUAACAUGAUGUGAGCCAAGCAAAAGAGACGAGAACGGGAAUGGGCUGAUGACAACAGAUCAUUAACUGAUGCUGACCAGAGUCGCAGUAAAUUAUGGAAGCUGGUUACUGGAGGUGCAUUGUUGACAUACAUUUGUUCUCACAAGUCUAGGUUCACUGGAUGAGCCAACUUCUUUACCUGGAAACAAUGCUUCAAAGAAGCCACCUCGUGCUAUAAUCUUCGAGGACCGGCCAAAACCGAUAUUGCUCAUUCCAUCAGAUUCAAACUGGCGACCGCCACGUAAACAUGUACUAGAAUCUUGGUGGAAGUGGGACCUGGUAACUCUCUAGGAAGUCUCUCAAAUCAAUUUCAUAUAGCCAUUCACAUUAGUGUAAUUUUGGCAAAGCAGCAAAAGGCGAUCAGCUGGUGUUAACUUUUCUCGUUUAGAACAUGGCAGCUGGACUGCAAGAAAAAAUGGCACCGUCCUCUGUGUUCCUCCCCCCAACUGUUAGCACAUUGCUAGUGGUCUGGUCAAAAAUAGCGUGUAAUGUUGAAUUGGGCAAGCAUGUUUUAUCUAGUGCUUCCAUGGUCACGAAAAUAUUAUACCCAUUUUCAAAUCUCAAGAAUCCUGACUUGGUCUUCGCCUUUGCCACCGUUUUUUUUUUUUUUUUUUGUUAAGAAUUAGCAAUUAGCAUCGAACACAUACGUGACUCUUGAAUACUAAAUUGAUUAUUAAGUUUGUGGAUGAUGACUUAUCUCCAGUUCUUCACAUGGACAGGCUGGAAUAGUUUAUGAAAUCCGCGUAGCUUAUAGGACUGUGCAAAGCCUCA